ACGUGACGUCUCCGGCCAUGCACCCGGACGUUGUAACACUAGUAGAGCGAGCAGAUCUCGAGACAGAGACAUAGCGACAAAGGCGUUUCAACAAUUGGGACAGUUUUGUGGAGGGCCUUGUUUCAAGAUCCUCAUAUCACUGAACUGGUUAUGGACAAAUCCCAGGCGUACCCCCACAAGAUAACACCCAGGAAACUCCCAAUGGGGCCGCGAGGUACACGCUUGAAACGACUUGGCAGAGGUUUAAAUCCAGCGAUAACGCUUUUCCUGUUGUUCGCAUUCCUUCUGACAUUAUGGAACUCGAGGCCAUGUCCGUGGUGGGGCAACCAAGGGUUUUCUGGCCAACCUCAAGGCGUCAGUGUUCGGGUGAACUUAAAUGGCCUGCCGGUAGCUCCAGAGCAAGUGAAAAGCAGCCAUUACGCAGUGGAAGAUCACAUUUCAGAAUCGGAUAUCGUGUCAAAGAAACCAUCAACCGUCCACCUUGAAGAAUACAGACAAUUGCUUAAAUGGAAGAUAUCCGAUCUUAAACGGAACGGCGUCCUUUUGCAUCUUCCACCCAGAAACUCCUGUGCAUCGGACCAACCAGAUAAAGUUUGUAUUGAUCAAAAUUGUGGAGCCCCACUCCCUGAUGCAGAUAGCGACGAGAAUCUCAAGAGUGUCCUUAAACCACUAACACGACUGAAAGAGACGGCUAUUCAUGAAGCCGUAAAGAUCCUUGGAGACAUUCCCAGGGGGUAUCGGAUCACAUUCAUCACCGCUGGCUCGUCUGACCACUACAUGGAGUCACAGGCCCUCAUCAAGAACCUCCAUCUGACCGUGUUCCCGAGGCUACAAAACUACACCUUCUUCUACUACGACAUCGGACUUGACCCGGUCGAGAGGGAGCAGUUACAGAGGCUGUGCUUGUGUGAGGUGAAGCAAUACCCGCUGGAGAAACUACCAGAGAGAUUAAGCUUCAUCCGGGGAUUUACCUGGAAGCCAAUCAUCAUCAAUGCGCACCUGUCGUCCACGGACUACAUCGUCUGGGUGGAUUCCUCUGUGAGGUUUCGGACUGGUCAACUCAACCCCAUGUUUGCCGCUGCCCGGGCCCGGGGCCUUGCCUUCUCCCCCGUGAACAAGUACGCCCUGGCAGAACACACGUCCCGCGACAUGUUCCACUACUUCGGCGACUCCGCAUGUCAGUUCUCCCGGUAUAACGAGGCCGAAGCGGGCUUCCAGGUUCUACAUAACGACCCCUUUAUAAGGAAGUUCUUGCUGAAAGUGUGGACGGCCUGUGCCCUUGACCCCCUCUGCAUGUGUACUGACCAGUCCGAAGCACAGUUCCACUGUGACAGCAAGAUACGAAGAUACAGCAAGUGUCACCGCUUCGACCAGUCCGCAUAUUCGCUCAUUCUUGCCAAGCUCUUCCGGGAGAAUAUCAUGAGUUUCUACAUACCAAAAGGGAAAUACCACAUACUGAGGAGACAUCACACUGAGAACUAUUUUGAGAAACUUGAGUCUGAAGUAGUCGGCAAUUUGCAACUCAAUUAACAAAUUCUAUAGUAUUUUAGAAGUAAGACAAACCUAUAUGUACAUUCUGAUAGUGUAUGAGGAAUUGUGCAUUAUAUCUGCUUUGAUACAUAAUAAUUUUGCCAAUAGGUGUGUAAUGUGUGUGUAUUAUCGCAAUGGCAAGUCAGGAUACACUGGGAAGAGUUGGAAUGAAAGGUUUGCGGUUGUAUAAUGCGGCCUUGUUGACAUUUCUUAAGUAGAAUAGGUCUUCAGCAACCCAUGCUAGCCUUAAAAUCGCGUGGGAAGCCACCCGUUUUCCCGCUGUCCAUUGCCUAUUACCAAUAAGUGACAAUUUGAGUCAUGACUUCCAGUUGUCCAUCGCUAUCCCAGGCAACUCUGCUUGUUCGUAUUCAGAGUGUUAGUCUCUUGUCCUACCACGACACAAGGUAUUGAUAUCAUUAGUCCGCUGCCCCGUGGACCCAUCUUCAGCAACCCAAAGGCCGUAAAAGGCGACUAUGCUUGUCGUAAGAGGCGACUAACGGUUCGGAUGGUCAGGCUCGCUGACUUGGUUGAUGCAUGUCAUCGUAUCCCAACUGCGUGGAUCG